AUGAUACCUGUUGAGAUUUUCUGUAUCCUUAUUUUGAGCAUUGUUCCUGCAAUUGGAGGAGGUUAUUUUCAAGGCAGCUUUUCAGGUGUGCAUUAUCCUGAGCAAUAUGUUAAGAACCAUUUCUGUGAUAACGGGGGACCUGUAUCGUUCCGACCACGGUAUGGGGAGACCAUUCCUAACUGUGAUCCGCCACCUGGGCCAAUCAAAGGAUGUAAGAUGAUUUAUAUAAAUAUUCAUAAUUCUCGUCCUUACCGCUGUCCAAACAAUGGUUAUGUUAGUGGAUACUCAGCAGUUCCUAUGGAUAAACACGGAAAUGUGGCAGUGAGAUGUUGUAGCGCACUAGGUCUCAACUAUAACGAGAGAGAAUGCGUUCAGUAUUUUCGACAGGAGGAUCCGAAAUAUCCGUCUUCAACUAAACCUGGAUAUUAUUUAGUUGGAUCCACUCCUCUGUUUCUUCCUAACCGGAAAGUUGGUUUUUACAACAAAGAAUGUAGAUUCCGCAGAAUCAAAGUCUUUCAUUAUUAA